AUGAAGACAAUCAUGGCGAAGCCUCAUGACUCCUUCUCAUUCUCUAGGAGAUACUUCCAAUGGAGAAAGAAGGUUGAAGAUGAUGAAGAUGACGAAGAAAUUUUAACUUUUAGCUCAUCGUCGCAGGUAUUUGACGAUGAGCGGAAAAUUGGGGACCUUAACGUUCCGGUGCUUUCAGUGUCUCAGUCACUGAAAGCACCGAAGAAAAAACUUCCAAUCACGACAGUUUCUUCUAAAUUGCGAUCGUUUCUUAGUUUUGGUAAGAACCGAUCGCACCAAUCUCAAGGACUUGGCACCAAAGUGGUGUGUACUCUAUUUGGGUACAGACGAGGCCAUGUUCACAUCGCCUUCCAAGAAGAUACCAAACUGAGUCCACCAUUUUUAGUCGAACUUGCGACAUCAACAAGCGUGUUAGUGAGAGAAAUGGCUUCUGGGUUGGUCCGAAUAGCGUUGGAAUGCGAUAAGAAAAUGGAGAAGAAAGGGUUUAAGUUGCUAGAAGAGCCCCUAUGGAGGACAUACUGCAACGGAAAGAAAUGUGGGUAUGCUAUGAGGAGGGAAUGUGGGCCCGGGGAGUGGAAGAUUCUGAAUGCCGUCGGUCCGAUCACAAUGGGUGCCGGAGUUUUGCCGGAGAGCGGGGAAGGAGUUGGGUCUGAAGGUGAGCUGAUGUACAUGAGAGCCAAGUUUGAGAGAGUUGUUGGGUCUAAAGACUCUGAAGCUUUCUAUAUGAUGAACCCUGAUAGACAUGGAGGUCCUGAACUUAGCAUUUAUUUGCUGAGAGUUUGA